AUGAAGGCCCUCAUUCUAGUCGGUGGCUUCGGCACCAGACUGCGACCUCUCACCCUCACCCUUCCCAAACCCCUUGUCGAAUUCGCGAACCGACCCAUGAUUCUGCACCAAGUUGAAGCACUCGCCGCUGCCGGAGUCACGGAUAUUGUCCUGGCGGUUAACUAUCGUCCAGAAGUCAUGACGGGUGCCCUGAAGAAAUACGAAGAACUGUACAACGUCAAGAUCACAUUCUCUGUCGAGACCGAGCCUCUGGGCACAGCCGGUCCCUUGAAACUGGCCGAAAAGAUCCUCGGAAAGGACGACACGCCGUUCUUCGUCCUGAACUCGGACGUCAUCUGCGAAUACCCCUUCAAGCAACUAGCCGAGUUCCACAACUCGCACGGCGACGAGGGCACCAUUGUCGUGACCAAGGUCGAAGAGCCUAGCAAAUACGGUGUCAUCGUCCACAAGCCCAACCACCCCUCGCGCAUCGACCGCUUCGUCGAGAAGCCCGUCGAGUUCGUGGGCAACCGGAUCAACGCCGGCAUCUACAUCCUCAACCCUUCGGUCCUGAAGAGAAUCGAACUUCGACCGACGUCCAUCGAGCAAGAAACAUUCCCCGCAAUUUGCAAGGAUAACCAGCUGCACUCGUUUGACCUGGAAGGCUUCUGGAUGGACGUCGGCCAGCCCAAGGAUUUCUUGAGCGGCACAUGCCUGUACCUCUCUUCUCUGGCCAAGAACAACCCCAAGGCGCUCGUGUCGAACAACGAGCCGUACGUCUUCGGUGGCAAUGUCAUGGUCGACCCGACGGCCAAGAUUGGCAAGGGCUGCCGCAUUGGCCCGAACGUGGUCAUUGGGCCUGGCUGUGUCAUCGGUGACGGUGCCAGACUACAGAGAUGCGUACUGCUCGAGGAUUCCAAGGUCAAAGAUCAUGCCUGGGUCAAGUCAACCAUUGUCGGCUGGAGAUCGACCGUCGGCCGCUGGGCUCGUCUGGAGAACGUCACUGUUCUAGGUGAUGAUGUGUCGAUUGGCGACGAGAUCUACGUCAACGGUGGCAGCGUGUUGCCUCACAAGAGCAUCAAAGCAAACGUCGAGGUGCCUUCGAUCAUCAUGUAA